AUGUCAUCGGAUUCUCAACCAUCAUUUCGUAGUUAUUGGAAAUCUAAAGUUAAAAAUGUUAUUAAACCUAAUAUAACAUCAUCUAUUCGUGGACACUUAAUAUCAAAUGAUACAUAUCAUAAUUUACGUGAAAAAUAUCAAAAUUUUACAGAUAUUGCCAAAGAUCGAACAGAUCUUGGAACACUUAUAAAUAAAACAAAAACAUUAAUUCCUAGCAUAUCGUCAUCGAAUGAUAAUCAAACAUUUUCAAAAGGUUUUUAUGAUUCAUUAUUUAGUCCUGAAACAGAUCAAGAUGUUUAUUUUGAAGUAGCAAUUAUUUGUUUAUGGGUUAUUGCAAUAUUAUGUAUAAUUCCAACAAUAAUUAUUAUGUUUAUACCAGUUAAAAAAUAUGGAAUAAAACCAAGUGGUGUUAAAUUGAUAUUUUUUCAUAUAUUUUUAUGUGAAUUAUGUUAUCUUAUUUAUAUAUUAUUAGCAAUGAUUAAUGCUGCAGAAAAUUUUCAAAUGAAUCGUUUCUUUUGUAAUUUUGCUAAUUAUGCUAUGUACAUAACAAUUCCAGUUAUGCAUUUUGCUCUAUUUUUUCUAUCGUUGGAACGAUUAUCAAAACGAUUCACAUCAACAGUGACAUGGACUAGAAUAUUUACAAAAACGUAUGUAACACAAGUUAUUUUAAUAUUUAUUUGGAUUAGUUUUAUUGCAAUUAUAACAACAAUUAUAUUGUUAAAAGAACAAGUUUGGACAACAAUUGGAAAUAAUGUUCAAAAUAUUGCUCCACCAAUUGCUCGUGAUGUUUUAAAUAAAAUAAUUUCACCAUCUUAUCGAUGUUCAAUUGAUGGUCGUUUAUUAUCAAUAUUUAAAAUAUUAUUUAUUAUUUUAUUUAUUAUAUUAAUUGUAUUAAUUAUUAAAUCAAUGGCUAUUUCAAUAUUCUAUAAUGUUUUGACAUUAAAUUUUUGUCAAAUAAGAAAUAAAAUGAAAAAAUCUGGUGAUCGUUAUAUGACAUUAUUAUUUUUUAUAUUUCUUUUAUUAAAUGUAUUUUUAUCAUUUCCAUUUUAUUUCGUAUCAAUGACUAAUACAAUUACACAAUUGAUUUCAAGAAAAAAUAUAUAUUCAACAAAUUUAAAAAUAUGUUUUUUAUUACGUAUAUUAAGUAUUAUACUUCAAUGUUUAACAUUUUCAACAUUUGAAAGUAAUUCAUGGAACUUAUUAAGUCGAUUACUUUAUCGUAUUACAUGUAAAAAAAUUUCUAUAUUAAAUUAUAAUGCUAUUCCAACAAAGAAAUCAACUACAACUACUACUACUACUAAGAGAUCUCGUCAUACAGGUGAUUCUGAUUAUAAAACAGCUUCGUAUGUUGAUAGACGUACACUUGACACAGAUUCUAGUGAUAAUGAUGAUAAUCGUAUUAAUAAUUCAGAUAGUGAUACGAGUGAGAAUGAUAGUGAUGAUGAAGUAUUUCUAACACAACCGAAAAUUGAACCAUCAAGAACAAAAUCUGGAAAAACAACAACAACAAAAACAGUAGAUGUUAUUAAGAGUUCAAUUGAUAGUGAUGAUGAAACACAACAUAUACCAAAAUUAAAAUUAUCAACUAAAAAAUCAAAUGAAAAAAAGAAUCAAAUAGACGAAGAUAAAAUGUCUAUUAAAAAAUUAACAUCAGAAUAUAAUAAAACUAAUGGUAUAUCACAAAAACUACCUAAUGGUAAACUUAUUUCUCAACGAAUAUCAUCAACAACAACUAAACCUAAAAUAUCGAAAUCGAAUACAAAUCACAGAAGGAUUGAACAUCAUCCUAUUGAAAUUUCUUCAUCAUCAUUAUCUGAUGAAAUUUCAAAUGUUAGCCAAUGUUCUGAUGAUGAAAUCAAACCAUCUAAGACUAUAUCAAAGAUAAAAUCAACAAACCAUACUAUUUCAAAUGAACAAAAACAUACUACAGAUAUUUCACCAAAUCAACAUCAUUCCGCACGUCAACAACAUCGAACAAGAAAUCGUUUACAAUCACCGAUAUCAACGAAUCAUCAUCGUAUAAAAACAAAAAACCAACGAAAAAGAUCAUCAAUAAAUAAGAAUAAUCAUAUAGAAAAAUCGAAAAAAAAUCGUCUAAGUAAAAUUCUUAAUAAUUCGGACGAUGUUUAA